GUUAUGUAUAGUGACCCGGAUGUGGCGAUAGUUUUGUUGACAUCGGACAGCGGCGAUCAAUAGAAGAUCAUGUUCAUAUUUCUGGGCUUCUAGUGACUUGAGCGACGCGUCAGUCGGUGUGCGGGCGUCAGGCGGUGCGCGACGCCUCAGCAGGUGGAGGAGAUCUUUUCACGCUCUCAAUGUCUGCUGUGUAAGAUCAAACAUCCGUCUUUGAACUCUGUCACCCCCCCAAUCGCUCCUGAGGCUGACAGAAACGUCGUCAUGGCGACUAAAGUAGGAGACGACCCGGACAGCCUUAUGUCUCUGUGUACCGUCUUCUGUCUGAAGAACCUGCGGAGAACCAUGUGUUAUACAGGAGACAGGGACAGACUGUGUCUGCGUCCAGACGUCUUUCUGCCCAGCGAGAUCUGUGAUAAACUGGUGAACGUGUACAUGGAUCUGGUCCACACAGACAGCGACUUUGAGCCGCAGGACGGCUUCUUUCAGCUCUUUGGUGACCCUCGCAGCACCAGACUCACCCGACUGCAGCUCAGAGAGGAUUUUGUUCGGGACAAGGACCUGGAAGCCAUCGGGAAACAGGAUUUGAUGGAGCUUCAUCUGACCUACUGUAACCGCCUGACGGCACGCAGCCUGAGAGCCCUGCAGAGCUUCAGACACUCGCUGAUCUCCCUCAGUCUGUUCGGAUGCUCCAACAUCAUCUUCAGGAAGGCUGGAGCCCCGCUGGCGUACGCAGAGGACGAUGAUGAAGACGACGAUGAAGACGAUCUGGUGGAGCGGCUGGAAACGCAGACGGUUGACUCGGACUUUUGCUUUCAGGGCUUCAACCGUCUGCGGCUGCUGAAUUUGGGCGGUCUGCCUGGCUUGAUGGACGUGGAGAUGCUGCUGAAGCCGCUGCCCGCCAUCACCUCUCUGGACCUGUCGGGCGUCCGUCUGCCCCGCCCGGCGUUCCUCGCGCAGUGGAAGGAGCGUCUGACGUCGCUGGUGCUAUAUAACGUGGAGCUGAGUGAGGAACUGAUCCAGACGCUCAUGCAGUUCAGCACGCUGAGACACCUGGAUAUUUCCCGAGAGACCCAGAGGACGUCGAAGUUUAAGAUGACGGGGAAGAUCUUGGGUAGUCUGGUGCAGGGUUUGGUCAAUCUGGUGUCUCUGGACGUCUCGGGUCACAUCAUGCUGGACAACUGCACGGCGCCUGCGUUUGAGGAUGCGGUGGGCCGGCCGAGCAUUGAGCCGAGCAAGAGCAGCAUCUACCCGCUUCGGGAUCUGAAGAGAUCGCUGCAGUUUCUAGGACUGUACAACACCACGCUCUGCAACGUCACACACAUACCUGCUUACAAGGUGACCGGCUCUAAAAAUGAAGAUCAGAUUCUGAAUGCUAUAGAGGUUUACACAGAUCAGAGACCAGAACUCGCUCAUCGAGCCAUCAAUCAGCUGUUUGACAUCGCCAGAAUCCAGCACUGCGGUCAGCUGCUCAGAGCGCUGAAGCUGGUUAUUACGGCCCUGAAGACUCAUAAAUAUGACAAGAGCAUUCAGGUGACGGGCAGCGCCGCGCUCUUUUACCUCACCAACACUGAGUACCGCAACGACCAGAGUGUCCGUCUGCGCAGAGAGGUCAUACAGGUGGUGCUCAACGGCAUGGAGCAGUAUCAGGAGGUCACUGUUCAGAGGAACUGUUGCCUGACGCUGUGCAACUUCAGUAUUCCAGAAGAGCUGGAGUUUCAGUAUCACAGGGUCAAUCUGCUGCUCUUAAAGAUCCUGGAGCCGCCACGUCAGGACGAGUCCAUCCAGCGCAUCGCCGUACAUCUGUGUAAUGCGCUGGUCUGUCAAGUCGACAAUGACCACAAAGAAGCCGUCGGCAAAAUGGGAUUUGUCAAGACCAUGUUGAAUCUGAUCCAGAAGAGGCUUCAGGACAGAAUGUGUGAUCAGGUGAUGGAGUUCUCCUGGAGCGCUCUGUGGAACAUCACAGACGAGACGCCAGAUAACUGUCAGAUGUUUCUGGAAUGUAACGGAAUGAAUCUCUUUCUGGACUGUCUGAAGGAGUUUCCUGAUAAACAGGAGCUUCAUCGUAACAUGCUGGGACUGCUGGGUAAUGUAGCUGAAGUGAAAGCGCUACGGCCGCAGCUCCUCACCAAGCAAUUCAUAACAGUCUUCAGUGACCUGCUGGACAGUAAAGCGGACGGCAUUGAAGUGUCGUAUAACGCAUGCGGAGUUCUGUCGCACAUCAUGUUUGAUGGGCAGGAGGUCUGGAGCAUGGAGGAACCCACGAGGUCACAUGUCAUGGACAAAAUGUGGGCGGCCAUUCAGAGCUGGGAUGUCACCUCACGACGAAACAUCAACUACAGGUCGUUUGAGCCCAUCCUGCGUCUUCUCCCUCAGAGUGGAGCUCUGGUCAGUCAACAUUGGGCCACAUGGGCGCUGUAUAACCUGGUGUCAGUUUAUCCGAGUAAAUACUGCCCCCUGUUGAUAAAGGAGGGUGGCGUCCCUUUGCUGCAGAAAGUUCUAGAGCUGGAUUCUUCUCACCAAGAGACAAAGGACAUGGCGAGUAAAGUGAUGGAGCAGUGUGAGAACUUUAAAGAUGAUGUGAUGGACACCAGCAGGUAAAGAACGUCUGAGCAGGAUCUUCACUUCACUGUCACUGAUGUGCUGGAGGACGUCACUUAUCAGUCAUGUUAGUGACGUCACACUACAGUGAGCACGGCCCCCCUGUGUGUUUGUGCGUGUGUGUAUUUCAUUCUGAUUUUAUUUGUGUUAGAGUGAGUGUGUAUAUAUAUAUAUAUAUAUAUAUUUAUAUAUAUAUAUUUGUGUGUGUUUGUCUGGAAUGUAAGCUUCACUGAAACCUUCCACAGUUCCCCACCCUCUGUGACAUAUGCUCGUGAUCAAUCGAUCCUGUCGGUAUGCUGGAAAGCGAUGAUGUCAUAAAGACUUGUCUAGCUGUUUUGGAGAGUUCGGUUGGGAUGUUGGGAUGAAGGUUCUCUGGCUUUGUUGUGUAGGGAUGUUUUCACACCGUCUCACGUAGCCACGCGCCUGAGGAAUCUGCAAUGAAAAUUCAGUCACAGUUCUGUCAUUAAAGACAUAUGUGUGGGCAGAUUCUUCUCUUUGUAAUGAUUUAUAUGUCACGAGAUAAAGAGUGGUUUGUGUGUCUUCAGAUCAGUCAUCCUCACCUGCAGGUUUGAAAUGAAAUGCAGACGGUUUUUCUACACACCUCUGAAACUGCAAUAAAAGCAGAUGUACUGAUGAAACUGCGCGGGUGUGAAGAGAGAAUCAUUCAUUCGCUGUCAAACACUCGUGGUUUGUGUUUCAGUACUCUGGGCUGCUGCUGUCUUUGUCUCCUUUAGAUGAUGUAUGAUAAUAAUGUAUCAGGUAUAAAAACUCCUCAACUAUCUUUAGGUUCUGAACUCAAUCGCAGGUUCUUUAUGUUGGAAUACUUAUAAAUAUAUUUGUGCUUUGUGUAAUGUUCAAUGUUAGAAGAGCAACGAUUGUUUUUGUAAAGAAAUCAUUUUAUUCAGAAACUGUCGGACGCUUGUACAUAAAUGACAAAAUACACAAGAAUACAGAACUAUUUCAGCCGUCAGAAUGUCUGGAUUUGUUUGAUGAUUAUGAUAAAAACAUGCACUUGUCAAUCAUAUCAUGAUUUUGUAAGCUGGUUUUCAUGAUUUUAUCUUUUUGUAGUAAAGCUAAAUAUAUCUGACAGUAUCAACAAGAUAUCCAAAAUGUAAAUCUCCAGGCAUCUUUCAAUAGUUCUCUUUAAAGUUAUGAUGAUUUGAAAUGGUUUUCUUUAUUUAAAGCAGAACUCAUGAGUGCGUUAUAGACUGUUUUCCUUAUUUGUGGGUCGUUUUGUUAAAGAUGUGAUAAAUAAACACAUGUUUAAAAACUGU